UUAAUGGCGGCCGUACGGUUACGCCAUCUAUCGACAACGUCAUAAACUGCUGGGCGACAAUCGGAAAAACCCGUCUAUAGGUCACGUAAAUACAGGUCGUACACGAAGACGGGGAGAAUAACUCAUACACAUUUCGUUAAUUAAUGAAGACAUUUCUUAAUUUAGCAAGUUCGUUGACUGAUGUAACCUGACCUAGACUUUUAAAUGCUGAUAUAAUUACGUGACAAGUCGAUUUUAUGAUGAAACGGGUAUCUUGUAUUUUGUUUCUUAAUGCGUGUCUCUCUUCCUGGUUUCUCUUCGAUCGAAACUUAGCGACCGCGGACUCUUGCACAAAGACGGGACCGUGCACAUGCAGAAACUCAAAGGGCACGAUAGACCUGUCAGCCCUAGCAUCCACCUCUGGAUCUCCCAGGUUUCAAGAUCUGGCGGGUAUUGGACAAUGGUUGUAUUCGUGGAACCCCUGUGUUGCAUUUACUGAAGGCAGCUGCAGCAAUGUAGCAGCGUGUCAGACAACUACAGGCAAGAAAAAGUAUUACAACAUCGGUACUCAGGACUCUGCAACGUUCAACACAGAUUCUACGGGGAAGGUUACCCUCUCAUACAGUGCAACUCAAGAAAAGUUUACGAGAACAACGUCUAUAGGUCUUAUUUGUGACAACACUCAAGAAAGCGCUCUAGUUUUUAAUGGCGAAACACCACCAUCCAGUGGACAUUUUUUUUUUACACUGAACAGUAAGCAUGCCUGUAUCAAACCCGACAGCAAAGGUGGCAUAUCUACAGGAAGUAUUUUGUGCAUCGUAUUUUUCUCCGUUCUGUUCGUGUAUAUGGUUGGUGGAGUUGCCUUCCAAAUAUUUGUGCGUAAAGAAUCCGGGGAAAAAAUGGUACCCAACUAUGUGAUCUGGUCAGCCUUGCCAGGACUUAUAAAGGAUGGUAUUUUAUUCACAGUGACAUGUGGUAAAACCGGAAAUUACGAGAAAAUUUAGGGCACAUAUAAAAAAGAGGAUGUUUUAUAAAGAUAAAUAACAUUUUCUGUGGUGAGAAAUUAGGAGAUGGAUGGAAAUUUGACAAGUUAUUUUUAUCGAUAUGUUAAAUGUUAGGACAUAUUUUCAUGGCACCUGAUUCACUUCUUCAAUUAUGGUUUAUAUUUAUUCAGUUUAUCAGUAUAUUUUUAUACUUUAAUAAAUCAGGGAUGUGAAAGCUACGCGGAAAUGCGUAUAUGCGCUUUUCCAUUUUGUCUAAAAAAACCAAAAACAUGAUGCUCAAUACUGUUGACCACACAAGGUUCAUUUGCAUCUUUUCACGGUUUCAAGUUUAUGAUGUGUGCCUUAUAUUAUAAGUUAUAACCAAUUUAGAUUUGUUAGCAUUGAAUGCAAUUUUUGGCAGUUCCAUGGAUUGCAAACAACAAUUUUCCUUCAGGGGCCCUUGAGCAGCCCCUGGACGCCGACCACAGUAAGCUUUUUGUGUUCCAGCCCCUCUCACAUCCCUGAAUAAUGACAACAAUUGUAUACAUCUGAUUGAAUUUAAAAAAAUGAUUAGGUAGGCUAUGUGAAAUAUGGUUAUACGUUUUUAAAGUACUGUAAAUCAGGACAUUUUAGCAAGCAUAAAUUAUUAGCGAAUUUAGUGAGGCCAUACAAAAUGGUAAUAUUUCAUGAUACUAAAUUUAAGAGACAUACAAUAUAGGCCCUACUGUUCCAGAACACUUUGUGCGAUUGUUUUGUUUGUGAUUAAAGGAACACGCAACAAUGAAUACAGUCAUACAUGCCAUUCAUUAAACUACAAGUUUAUUAGUAUUGUAUAUAUAUGAUUGCAUUUUUGACGUGAGACAGUAAUAAUGAGUGGAUGAAUGUUUAACGACACACCAGCACACAAAAUACAUUGGCUAUUGGGCAUCAAACUAAGGUAAUAGCGAAUCUGAGAUAAAGAAUAAUUAAAAACCAUUGUACAUAUACAAUGUAGUAGUGCUACAACUCCAGUACUCAGCAGACAGCUUCGUCCGAGUAUUGAAGGAAUCGAAGGAGCACACUACUUAGACAUGGCAAAAGUAACAUUCGAGUGCCAGAAAUUGAUUUUCAGGGUGUAAAUAUAUUAUGUUGAGAUUAUAUGGUACAGCAAAUUUAGAGAUUUAUACAAUGUAUAUCUUGCCGCUAAAAACAAUUUCCCAUAACUGUUGACUUCUAAUUGUAAUUUAACACAAGCUAUAUGCAUACUUUAACAGCAAUUCGCAGCAUUUUGAAACAAAAAAGUACGAAAAACUAGGUAUUUUGAAGAUAAAGUAGGAAAAAUAGGACAAAGACCAAAAAAUAUGAACAAGUAGGAAACGUAGGAUCGCUGGACAUCCUGAUUAGUAGCAAGGGAUCUUUUAUAUGCACAAUUCCACAGACAGGAUAGCACAUACCACGGCCUUUGAUAUACCAGUCGGGUGCACCGGCUGAAACGAGAAAUAACCCAAUGGGCCCACCGACUGCACGCACAUCAAUCGAGCACUUUACCACUUUGCUACAUCCUGCCCCAUAGUAGAUCACAGGUCUUUUUUGCAGGUAAGCAAGAAACAAGAAGACUCACUAAUACCACAAACGUAUGAUUUAAACCGGCCUCGGUGGCGUCGUGGCAGGCCAUCGGUCUACAGGCUGGUAGGUACUGGGUUCGGAUCCCAGUCGAGGCAUGGGAUUUUUAAUCCAGAUACCGACUCC